AUGGCUAUCAUAAACAUAUUUUCUCACAUUUUUAUACGUCCAUUCAUCGAAUGUUCUCUUGGUAAUGGCAUGAAUUUUAAUAUUCAUCCAUCUAAUAAAUUGUCUAUUGAAAACAUAGAAGCAAUCGAGCGGUUUUGUGCUUUUCUACAAUUAGAAUAUUCGAUACAUUAUGGGCAAUCAACACCCUACUGGACAAAAUACUUUAUUGAUCUCGAUGAAAUCAUUGAACAAUGGGUAUGGAAUAUGUGGAAUAGAACUAAGACAAAAUCGUUCUCCCAUCGCAAACGUGAAGAACUGCUGGUAAAAAUCAAUUGGAAACAGGUGGCGUUCUCACAAACGAAAACGAAUUUUACUGGUUCUCCCCCGGUUUCGUUACCGAAAUCUCAGAUACUUUUUCGAACGCACUUCAAUAACCACACUACGACGGAACAAUCGUAUUCAUUCAAAACCGAACGUUUCACGCGCUCAACAUUUAAAUUUAUAUUCACCCAUUGCUUGAGAAAAUCACAACAUUCAAUGGUUGUGUUUUAUUUACCCGAAGAAAUUGUUCGAUUUACAGGAGGCAUAAAGCUUGAACAGUAUGCAGAUUUCGGACAGGACACUGUUAAAGAAUAUAGUAUGUGUUGGGGUGUUAAUACUCAAAUACAUGUAGCACCACGUACAUGUACAUAUGCGGAAUUAAAUAUUGAUGAAGAAGAAUUCAAUGGCGAUUUUGCAUUUUUUAUUCAAUUUUUCGGUCGAAUCACUGCUACGGUAUCAACGCGCGAGUCGCCGGAUAAUUAUCUGCAGUUUAUGGACGGUGAUAUCGUCGAAAUUAUACGUGAGGCGAUAGAUUGUAGCCAUCGAUGGAAUGACUUAGAAGUUACUUCAGAUUAUCCAUCUGUCGUACGUUAUAAAAUACGUGGUAAAUGUUCAUUUCGGUAUGGCACUCAGCAACAUGUUGUCCUUAAUCAACAACCGUUAGAUUCUUCAUCAUCUUCUCUAUCCGAGCGUCUUUCAUCUCAAUCAAAGGCGACCUCAGUGCAGAAUGAAAUGUAUCUAAACUUUCGAGAUAUAUAA